AAUCAAUGAAACUAAAUAUGUUCUGAUUUUCUUUCAAUGAGAAAUCCCACACAGAUCUCCGUAUGGAAGGUGUAACACCGUUCAGUCGGUCUGCAUACCAGACAGGUGCAUUUACAAUCUAUGAAACGACAGGCUGCGCACGAAUCGACACACGGUACGUGAACUAUACCAUGGUGAUAUGUGGAGCAAACUGGCGAUAUCCAUGUGAAUGGCGCCUCUGGCAUGCAGACCGUCAUCGGUAUUCAUCCAGUUUUCCGCAUUCCAAGUGAUUUUGCGCAUCAUCAUGUUCGAUUAAGCUGCUUAUGCCGUUCAACGGACAUAAUCCAAC